GUGGUGCAGGCGAUUUUUGAAGACCGGUGCAACCAAAAAGGAUUCGCACUGUACCCGAGCAUAAAAAAACGCAACAACAAGAGGAUUUAUACACGCCCCCAACAUUGCAACUGGUGGCUCGAGGCCCAGAAGGCACUGCGUAUCAAGGAAGAGGUCAUUGCUGCGCUCAUAGUGUACUCGGACGUCACUCAACUAAGCAAAAACGACACACAGAAGGUCUGGCCCGUUGUCCUCUCACUCGGGAAUAUUGCUGUUGAACAUCGUUGGAAAACGAGUGCGAAGCAGAUGGUGGCAAUGCUGCCCCUGCCUCAUUGGAAAUGGAAAAGCAACGUCAAGACAGAGCUGUUCUUGAAGUGCAUGCAGAUCGUCCUCCAGCCACUCAUCGAUGCCAGCAACAGUGAAGUGAGUUGUGUGUGGUCUGACCCAUCAGGGGUCAAACGCCUUGUGAGGCCGUUAUUCUAUAGCUAUCCUUGCGACUACCCAGAAAGCUGCAAGGUGACAAGCACAUUCCAGCACGGUAGCAACCGGCCGUGCUCGAUGUGUUACGCGUUGGGUGCCGAGUGCGACAACCUGACCAAAAAGUUCAAGUCGAGGAACCCAAAGGAGCAACGGUUUCUGAUGGAUAAAUACAAGAUGUUAUACCAAGCAGGGAAGACUUUGGCUGAAGAUUAUGCCGCGCUGUGGGCCUCAUUCCCUUUCCACACAUUCAUUUGGGACUUCAAAUACGCCGACACACCAUGGGGUAACCCAUACCUGGCGCUCAUGCCUGAUGUCCUUCACCAGGCGGACAUUGGGGUGUGGAUGCACAUUCGUGACGCCAUAGCCACACUCGACAACGCAAAGAACGGCAAGCUAGACGAGAGGAUGAAGUGGCUAUGGAAGCAUGGGCGGAUAGCCGGCCUGAAUCUGCCCGUUCCAGGGACGUAUUUCCAAUCCGGAGCUCGCGUCUCUGCUGCUGAACACCGUGCAGUGAUGCAAGUGGCAAUCUUCAUUUUAGAAGGGCUUGUUGAUAAAGUGCAUCUGGACGCGGUGCAGGCAUUCUUGCGCUGGUACAAGGCCACCUUCCGCCCGCGCUAUCACACUGACGAAAGUCUUGCCAAAGUGGAUCUCCUUGCGCAUAGGAUGAUCACAAAACUGAAAGAGGCGUUUCCUACCCAGGCCUCUGCCUGGAAGGUUGUGAAAGUGCACAUGGUGGUGCACUAUUCUGAUGCGAUUCGAAGGGGGGGGUUGCCUGAGGAGUACUCAACAAAUAUGUAUGAGCAUUUUCACAAAGUCACAGUGAAAAGACCGUACCGCGCCUCAAACCGCCGCCAAUGGACCGAGUCGAUAAUCAAAAGUAAUCAAUUCCUAUCCAUGCUAGCACAGGUGGAAAGUGAUAUCCAUGAGGAGCGCGACUACAAUUGUGCCUUCUACGAGUUACUGCUUUUCAAAGGCCUGCCUACCUCAACCCUCUCCUCAACCUUCCCUCUCACGCUUGGACUUAAAAAUCCUCGCUCUUAUACCACACAUCCCCCCCUCCUCCGAAUCGUACCUCUCCUCUCUGGCCUGCAACCGUCAAUCUCAUCACCCAUCAUCACCCCUCACACGUCCCUCUCCUCUCUGGACUGCUAUGCCACAUUCAUCCCCCACUCCCUCACACGUCCCUCUCCUCUCUGGACUGCUAUGCCACAUUCAUCCCCCACUCCCUCACACGUCCCUCUCCUCUCUGGACUGCUAUGCCACAUUCAUCCCCCACUCCCUCACACUUCCCUCUCCUCUCUGGACUGCAUGCCACAUUCAUCCCCCACUCCCUCACACUUCCCUCUCAUCUCUGGACUGCUACUCUCACAUACAUCCUCCACCCCCACCCCUCACGCUACCCUCCACCCUCUGGCCAUCCUCACUUUCAUCCGCUCCUGUUUGCCCUGCAACCCUCACUCUCAUCCCCCAUACCUCCCUCCCCACGUUCGUCUCCUCUCUGGCCUGCCAUACUCACUCUUCUCCCCCUCCCGUUCUCCACAUUUUCCUUUCCGUUCUGCCCACACGACCUCCAAAUGCCUCCAGGUCUACACCGGCGUGGCCAUUCCCGCCGGCUCUGAGGAGUACAACUCCAGGGUCACUCAUUUUAUUCGUGCAAACCCAUCGCACCACGGCAACCCGUGGUUCUCUCAUGUGGCCAUUAGUGGUGGGGAGGAGGUAUGGUAUGCAGAGGUGCUUCUUCUUUUUAAGCACGCACAAAGCAACAAAGGGUUCGUCUACGUCCAGUACUACGAGGUGGUUGGUAACGACGAUGCGACAGGUUGCAAGCGCCUAGAAUGGGCCAAGUACCCACGUACUCGAAACUUGCACCGGGACGUCGUGGAAGUGGACUCGGUGUUCCGUGCUGUCCACAUUGUCGAGUCAUUUAAGCGUCCUGGCACAUUUUUACUCAAUGAUUAUUUGUUCGAGUAG